AUGAAGUUUCCCGUCGACAUUUUCAACUACUUGUGCGCGUAUUAUCCCGUUCCAUUUAAGUCAAGCCGAUGUACGUUUGCAUUGUUUAAAAAUAUGUUGGAGGUUGGAAUGACAAACGUUUAUGUCAUUUCACGUAUUUUUGAAAAGAAUCUUGAACACGGUUCGUUUCUCAGAGAACUUGGCAAAUCGUUGUGUGAAGAACACAUUGCCAGCAAAUUUGAAACACUAGAUGAAAAGGACCAAGUGAAAACCGUGUCCACGUUGAAGAAUUGUCAAAUGGGAAUUGAUGAGGCAAUGAAAACAGUUGUUAGCGGGGAAAGUGAACGAGGAAAGUGUCUGUCUUGUCUUUUGGCACAGACGAAGAAGAGUAGUAAAAACAGAAGAAACAAAAAAGAUGUAAGAACUGUUAAAAAGUGUUUCUUGUGUUACCGACCGUGCUGUAAAAACCAUUCGAUCAAUGUUUGUGAUGUUUGUCAAGGGAAAGUUGAUAUUGGAGACGACUACAAAGAAGUUAGAAAAUUUCCUGCUUUUUCUAAGAGGGUAAGGAAACAUUACAAAGAAUCAAAAAGAGGUUCAAUUCCCGAUUGUUAG